CAUCUUGCAAGGUAGGAAUGGCGGGCGUCUGUGAGGGAGGCGUUCUCAGGACCCCAAUCCUCGUCCAUCCGAAGGCGGGGAACGUCCGAGAUGGCGGGCGAAAAAGCGGAGAAGCCUGACACAAAGGAGAAGAAACCUGCAGCCAAGAAGGCUGGUGGUGAUGCUGCUGCUGCUGCUGCUGGCGCCCCGGCUGCAGGAGCAGCCAAAAAGGGUGACCCUAAGGUUAAAAAGCCCAAGAAGGGGAAGCCCCAUUGCAGCCGAAACCCUGUCCUGGUUAGAGGAAUUGGCAGGUACUCCCGGUCUGCUAUGUAUUCCAGAAAGGCAAUGUACAAGAGGAAAUACUCUGCCGCAAAGUCCAAGGUUGAAAAAAAGAAGAAAAAGGAGAAGGUCCUUGCUACUGUUACAAAACCAGUAGGUGGUGACAAGAAUGGUGGUACCCGGGUGGUGAAGCUUCGAAAAAUGCCUAGGUAUUAUCCUACUGAAGACGUGCCUCGCAAGCUGCUGAGCCAUGGCAAAAAGCCCUUCAGUCAGCAUGUGCGAAAGCUGCGAGCCAGCAUCACUCCUGGGACCGUCCUGAUCAUCCUCACCGGGCGCCACAGGGGCAAGAGAGUGGUUUUCCUGAAACAGCUGGGCAGUGGCUUGCUACUUGUGACUGGACCUCUUGCUCUUAACAGAGUUCCUCUGCGCAGAACACACCAGAAGUUUGUCAUUGCCACCUCUACAAAAGUUGAUAUCAGCAAAGUUAAAAUCCCCAAACACCUGACUGAUGCUUACUUCAAGAAGAAGCAGCUGCGAAAGCCCAGGCACCAGGAGGGCGAGAUCUUUGACACAGAGAAGGAGAAAUACGAGAUUACAGAACAGCGCAAGGCUGAUCAGAAAACUGUGGACUCGCAGAUUCUGCCAAAGAUCAAAGCUGUUCCCCAGCUGCAGGGCUACCUUCGAGCUCAGUUCUCCCUGACAAACGGGAUGUAUCCUCACAAGCUAGUGUUCUAAAUUGCUGACAACCUAAUUAAACAGCUUUAUACAUUU